CACUCACGGAGCGAACGUUGCUUUGCGCAUGCGUUAUAACCUCAACGAACUGUCAAUUCUCGAGCGAACGUAAAUAAACAAGUGACUUUUAAGUGCCAAACCUUCUUUUGUUUUACUUAAUUUCGACAAGUAAAGAGGAUUUAGUGACUGUAAUAUCGUGUGAUAAUUUGUGCAACGAAUUUGCCAGUGCCGUUAUGAUCCAAAGACAAUAAAAACGAGAAGAUGCAUCUACAAAUCUUUUUAACUUUAAGCGCCGUCUUGUUUAGUGAAGCGAAACUGCCAAGAUUAAAUCGCCACACGCAGCCGAAUGAGUUAUCGAACCCCACACAGAACUCGCAGGCGCAGCGGCUUGUGCAAAUAGAGGCGAAGACGGCAAAAACGAACCGAAUAAUCGAUCAGUAUCGAGUGAGGCAUCGGCGAGAUGUAUUCGAUUCGAAGUCCUAUGAAUCGAGUCUGAUAUGGGCGCAUUCGGAGCGGUUAGAUGAGAACGGAGACGUGUUACUACGAUGGGUGAAUUCGGAUUCGAGUAUAACCUUCAGACUUGAAGCGAGAACCCGUGGUUACGUCGGGUUGGGAUUCAACUCGGCAAGAAACAUGAGAGGCGCCGAUUUGGUAGUCGCCUGGGUUGACGACAGGAAUGGCAACGCUCAGGUUCUGGACUGUCACGGACCGGAGUUCGAUGACCUGGCGGUUGCUGACGACGUGCAAAAUUACGAGCUGAUAUCGGGGUACCAGAAUGACACGCACACCACCGUCGAAUUUAGGAGGCAGCUGGAUACGUGUGAUAAGCAAGACUUCGUUAUUGGCGAAGACACAGUGCAAGUGCUCUGGGCGCUAGGUCCCGAGGGUUCGGAUGGGGAGCUCCCCAAACAUGUGAAGAGUGGAUCCAGGCCAUUGCGUCUGCUGCAGCCAGUGGCCAAACCUCAAGUACCUCUUAUGAACUGGGAUGUCAGGCUGAACAAUCUGACGAUACCCCACGUAAUGGCCACUUUAUUCUGGUGCAAGAUCUUCAAAGCUCCUGACUUACCUAAAAAGCAUCACAUCGUCGGCUACCAACCAAUCAUAGACAGCAGACCGAUCAGAGACAAACAGCCGGUCAUAGAGAAGGAUAGUCUGUCGCCUGUACACCAUAUGGUGCUAUAUGAGUGCGCGGAGGACCCUGAUAAGCAGCUAUGGAACGACUGGGCGGAAAGCGAUGGGUUCUUUGGGCCGAAUAGACCCAGUCAGUGGGCGACCUGCGUGACGCCUAUAGCGGCUUGGGCUAUUGGAUCUAAAGGGGAGUAUUUACCGGAGAACGUCGGCAUACCGGUUGGAGAGAGGAGCGGGGUGUCUUACUAUAUGCUGGAGGUACACUACGACAACCAGGCGUUACAUGAAGUGCUCGACAGCUCAGGCAUCCGAGUGUACUACACACCGGUGAUACGCGAGCACGAUGCGGCGCUGCUAGGCGCCGGUAUAGGGGUGUCGGCGCUGCACGUCAUCCCGCCCAAGCAGCGCCAGUACCGCACCGUCGGCAUCUGCAGCCCGGAGUGCACUGAGAGCGUGAGUACACAAACACACAUUAUGUAUUAUGUAGUAUAUGACGCGGCGCUGCUAGGCGCCGGUAUAGGGGUGUCGGCGCUGCACGUCAUCCCGCCCAAGCAGCGCCAGUACCGCACCGUCGGCAUCUGCAGCCCGGAGUGCACUGAGAGCGUGAGUACACAAACACACAUUAUGUAUUAUGUAGUAUAUGACGCGGCGCUGCUAGGCGCCGGUAUAGGGGUGUCGGCGCUGCACGUCAUCCCGCCCAAGCAGCGCCAGUACCGCACCGUCGGCAUCUGCAGCCCGGAGUGCACUGAGAGCGUGAGUACACAAACACACAUUAUGUAUUAUGUAGUAUAUGACGCGGCGCUGCUAGGCGCCGGUAUAGGGGUGUCGGCGCUGCACGUCAUCCCGCCCAAGCAGCGCCAGUACCGCACCGUCGGCAUCUGCAGCCCGGAGUGCACUGAGAGCGUGAGUACACAAACACACAUUAUGUAUUAUGUAGUAUAUGACGCGGCGCUGCUAGGCGCCGGUAUAGGGGUGUCGGCGCUGCACGUCAUCCCGCCCAAGCAGCGCCAGUACCGCACCGUCGGCAUCUGCAGCCCGGAGUGCACUGAGAGCGUGAGUACACAAACACACAUUAUGUAUUAUGUAGUAUAUGACGCGGCGCUGCUAGGCGCCGGUAUAGGGGUGUCGGCGCUGCACGUCAUCCCGCCCAAGCAGCGCCAGUACCGCACCGUCGGCAUCUGCAGCCCGGAGUGCACUGAGAGCGUGAGUACACAAACACACAUUAUGUAUUAUGUAGUAUAUGACGCGGCGCUGCUAGGCGCCGGUAUAGGGGUGUCGGCGCUGCACGUCAUCCCGCCCAAGCAGCGCCAGUACCGCACCGUCGGCAUCUGCAGCCCGGAGUGCACUGAGAGCGUGAGUACACAAACACACAUUAUGUAUUAUGUAGUAUAUGACGCGGCGCUGCUAGGCGCCGGUAUAGGGGUGUCGGCGCUGCACGUCAUCCCGCCCAAGCAGCGCCAGUACCGCACCGUCGGCAUCUGCAGCCCGGAGUGCACUGAGAGCACAAUGCCAAAAGAAGGAAUAAACAUCGUGUCAGUGUUACUCCACGCUCACGGAACAGGGAGGAAAAUUGCGUUAAAGCACAUCAGAGGAACACAGGAACUACCAGUUAUAUCAGAGGAAAACUCCUACGAUGCUCGCUACCAACAAUCUCGCGUGGUGCCUGGUGGAAGGAAGUUCAAGAAAGGUGACACACUGAUCACGGAAUGUACUUACGACAGCACAUCAAGAGACAAGCCUAUUUUGGGCGGUUAUUCUGCAUCACAGGAAAUGUGCCUAUCCUUCGUGCUAUACUACCCUCGCACGCAGUUGGCAGGUUGCUACUCUAUGACGCCGGUCAAGGAAUUCUUCGAAACCUUCGGAGUUAAAGAAUUCUAUGGCCUCAGCAUGAUGCAGGUCGAAAACAUCUUCUUGUCUUCAGGAAACUUGGAAAACCUACCACCACAACUUGAGAUUGACAUGCAGCAGAGGUACAGCGAAGAAGCAGCAAUGCAAGGAGACGACCAAGGAGUUGGGUUAAUGAAAGAGCUAAUAAUCCGCGAGCCUUUCGAAUUCCGCAACAAGACGUUCAUGGCCCAUCUGAACGAAAUGCCGUGGUCGGAGCGUCUGCUCACGGAACAGAUCGAGAAAACUCUGUACAGAGGGAGCCACAUGACGUUCUGUAAGAAGAGGGACGACACUUGGGGCGCGCCAAUACAGAUCCAGAACUAUCCAAACUAUACUGAGCUAAUAUCCAACGAAACCUCUGAAAAGUCGUGCCAUUACAAAAGCGUCAGACUACCCUCCGUCACCAAGUCAAGCGCCGCUAGCGCCACCUACGACAAGCUAACCGCCAUUUUGACAAUCUGCGUCGCCUUCAUCGUUGCCCGGUAAUAAAAAACAAAACGUUCUUUUUUUAAAAGUACACCAAUGAGUUUCUAUGUUGUUUUUAUUUUUCGUUUUGAAUGUUUAUGAUGAGCUUAUCAAGAGAGCAGUCGAUGUCCGAAUGAUAUAGUAUUAUUUUGCCAAAUUAUGUAUCAUAAUUUGUUCGUGUAUUUAUAAUUAGAUUUCGUCUAGUUUUUGAUCAUUUACAGUUCUUAUAAUCAACAAAAUUUCAAAUUAUGCCACGUCUAAUAAGUUUGCAAAAUAUUCCGUUCUUAUAAUUUUAAUGUACAAAAUAUUUUACUGGAAAUGAUCAAAAGCGUUUUAGCGGGCAGUUAUCUGUCAAGUGUUACAUUGAUUAUAGACUUUGAGCCAAAGGUUAUAAUGUCUAUAAUUUAUCGACAGUUUUUUUUUACAAUUAGGUACUUUUGUAUGUGAAUUUUACGAGAGUGUUUGUGAUUUUGUGUACUUAUGGGUUUAUUGCUCAUUUACUUCGGCAUGUCUCAUAGUACUUUAAGGCUAGUAUCAGUACCAAAUAAUGGUAUGUAGGUAUCUUUAUUGUUUUUUACGAAGAAAAUUUCCGUUUCGACUGAUAUUUAGGAUUCCAGUGACCACUAUAUUGUUGUGAAUGAAACGUGUUGUGCUUAUACAAAGCCUAUGCAUGCAAUUAGUGUGCCUUUUUAAUUAAGGUGUAUAUCGUUAAUAUUGUGAGCACGUUGAUUUGGAGAUGUCACUCAACCCCUAUUCCUCUUUUUCAUUAAAAUUUUUCAGUCUUAUAACAUUUAAUAAAAGCCUUAGUUUGUCUCUUUUCAUCUUAGAUAGAUCAACAUUGUCAGAAGGAGACAAAGCAUACAUUUGCUAAACCAGUGUUUUUUUUU